AUGUGUGCAAACGUUCUGUUUUCUCUGAAGCCAAGGAGCCAUGCCGCGAGCCAAAUCGUCAACUUCUAUACAAAUAGCCACCUUGUCACGGUGCGCGAUGGGGAGCAAUUCCUCGACCUCGGCCUGUACAAGUCGGGAGCUGCGGAUAAAACAGCUUGUUGUAUCGUGACAAUGGGUCGUGCCGGGGACAUUGCGAUGCCUGUGGAGUGGACGGCCAUCUCCAGGACUCACUGCGCAUUCCUGGCCGAAGCAGACAAUCAAGGAAUCAUGUUUUUCGAUAAUUCGAGCACUGCCUCAUGCCAAGCAUAUGGUGAUGACAACUCUCGCAAGCUACUAAGUCGCGGCUUGCGUCAGGCAGGCGGCAGCAGCUGUCGUCUCCGCAGGAUUGAGAUUGAAGUCGACCAACAGAACAAAGCCGAGUUUGACAUUGUCUGGCGUUAUCCAUCGGCUGAGCUAGCUUCCGCCUUGCAGGCCUGGCGCGAAGCUGAACUGCUGAGACAUCCCAACAUGGCCGAAACUCUACCUUUGCCUGUAAUAGAUGAGUACGCAAACGCCCGACAAGCAGCUGACGAUGAUGUCCCCAGCCAGAUCGACGCGGCCGACGCGGCCAGGUUUGUGCUUCAGGGGGGUCCCAUUGGACACGGCGGGUUUGGGACCGUGUUCAGGGCCUUCGACGCCAAGACAAAAGGAGUCGUUGCUGUCAAAGUCCAGAAAUUCCACCGCUCGACUUUACGAGAGAUGAAAAUCCAUGAGGGCUUACUCCAUGACAACAUCGUCAAAUUUCUCGGAUACACGAUUGAUGAGCCCAAAUCUCUUAUGCGCAUCGUUAUGAGCCUGCAGGAUGGGAGCCUCGAAAAUCUCGUUGAGAGGCGAGACCGUCCUCUGCAUAUUGCCGAUCAGCCACUGGCUCUGAGAGUCUACCAUGACGUACUUAAGGGGCUCGACUAUCUCCACUCGAAGGGUCUCAUUCAUCGCGAUGUGAAGCCUGCCAAUGUGCUUUACACUUUUAGAGACAAUCACCUGUCCUUCCGUCUCGGAGAUUUUGGUCUUAGCAAUUGGGAGCAGGGCGCACGAACUUUCUGCGGCACUCCGCAGUUUGCUGCUCCAGAAAUUUAUAAGCGUGAGCAGCAGACAACUGCCGUGGAUAUGUGGUCGCUAUUCAUGACCAUUGCCUGGACCCUCGAUUUAUACGGGUAUCGCUCUCUCACCUGCCACGACUAUAGCCAGCAACUGCAAUGGGUUUUCGCUUUGGCUGAAAAUUAUUGGGAGUACUUGUAUGAUGUUCAUGAACUAGUCGUCAUCGACUAUACCAAGCGUGCGACGGCAGCGCAAAUGCUCAUCAAGGUUUUUGACGGCAACGGGUUGACAACACAGCGCAUAAACGUCCCAAAGUUGCAGCCAGUCGCCCCCCCAAACAAGGAGGAUAUUCAAUUUGGCACGUAUGGGGUGCAGGAACGUGGGCUGCGUGACCCUUCCCGUGCAAACGCUCAGCCAAGGAUUGUUGCAAGACCUGUACCAAGGCCGCCUACUUUGCGCGGAGAUGCUGUACCAGUCACGGUGCAAAUGGAGCAACACCCCAACUUGAACCCUGGAGGCCGAGGCGACGAGGGAAAUGUGGUUCAAGAGGCAAUCAACAUCGAGUUGUCCACCAGAGAACGGGGUGCAGGUGAGACUGCAGCCAUGAAGCAACCCGCAGUACCAGCACUCAGCGUUGCCGGCCAUCGACUUGGUGCCCGAGCUGCCGUGCAGAAACGCAAGAAAACCGUGUUGCUCAAACGAGGUCCGCUCGCCGGCUUGGAGAAUAACACCUGGCUGAAGAAGUUUUCAGAAAUGCCUGGUGCCUUUCCAGAGCCGUCUCCGUCGAAUCUGGGUGGCAAUUAA